CAAUAGCAUUCUUCAACAUUAAAAUGCUUGAUCGAUUUUUUAAACGCAAUAUCUGAGUCCGAGAUUCUUUUCAUCUCAAUGCAUUUUUGAACAGCAUAAAGCAAGUAAUAUGAUCAAUACUCCCAACCCUUAUUGGAUACCAAUUUUCUCGCACAACAAUCUUCGCCCAUUGCCUGUAAGGUAUAAAAGCUAUAGGAGGUGUGGUCGCGACGACGACAACGAAGCCGGUGGCAAGAUCAUCGAGCUGUGAAACCUGUGAAAUCUUGAAACCGGCUGACCAAACCAAAAAAUGUCCAAGCGAAAAUUUUUCCUGUUUCAUUGGCACUCGGAUGGACGGUGUUCGAUGGGAGAUUUUCAGUCUCACUUGAACUGCGAUUGUAACCGGUCGGCGGCGCGGCGCGAUUUAUUCCUGCAACUCCCACGGUUCGGACGGUUUGUCGACUGGGCGCGUUAUUUGGGAGGGAUAUUUAUACAUAUUUUUCGGAAUUCGCGGAUUUACGCUCGAUUCGAUGUGGAGAGUGCGUUUCGGUUUGAGUGAAACCGUGUGACAAUAUAGGGAAAUUUUCGCGUGAAGAAUAAGUGUUUUGAGAAGAUAUCAAACUUCUUUCAUUGAAGAAACCAACCAUACAGUGCCCAGCAAGAUGAAUUUGAUGUUCCGGAAGAACAUCCGUGAGGGCGGUGGAAGAUCUGGUGGCGGAGGAUCCAAGAGCAAGAUGAGCAACCGACACCAGCGGAAGGCACGGGAAAGCUACGGUGGAGCCGGUGCGGACGAGUAUCACUUUCGGACGCACAUCUUUUUCUCUCCAGCACACCUCAAGACGGAUAACGAAGAGCUUCGCUGCACUCCCAUCUCGGGUUUUCAGUUUCCCCCUCAAACACCACCCGUGAGUCUAGCCACCACCACCACCACCGCCAUCACCUCCGUCCCCACUGGCACCACCUCCUCGGCAGCUGCCCUAGUCCUGCCCAACGGUGUGAUAGUGGAUGCACCCAGCACCACCAUGCAACCACCCUUGACCACCGUCGACCACCUGAGGCUGAGACUGCCACCACCGACGGUGCCGUCCAGGGUCCGGUUGUCCCCCGGAAGGAAGCUCGAUCAUGCCGCUGCCGCUGCGACCGCUACCGCCAGGCAAGUCAGUUUCGGUGGUCAACCGGGCAGCGGUGGUUUCGUCAGUUCCCGAAGUGAGCCAAUCUCGCUGGCAACGCUCGACAAGGACUGCUUCAUCAUUCCGGUGCACAGUUUAGAUCGGUUUCUGCCGGCCGGAAUUCCCCUUCCCACUCCGGAAACGACAGACCCUUCCCAGUCCGGACCGCUCAGUGUACUGGAGGUUUCGGAUCCGAAGAUUUGCAUUCUGGCACACCUGAUGAGCCCACUGGAACCAAUCGACCCGCUGUUGGAAUCACCGCUGGCGCAUCCGCUAACGAAACAGCGGGCAGUUGCUUCGGAAUUGCUAAACGAGGUGCAACAGGGCAACAAUGCCGUCGGCGGGAUGCUGCUGGCCAAUAUGGAGCGGAGCUCAGCCGAAUUCCCCUUCAUCGCGUACUAUGUGAUAAACACCACCCAAACGGAUCCCACGAUGUUCUACACCGGUGUCCGGGGGGCUUCCCUGUCCAAGUUCGAACCGAAGAACACCCGCUACACGGCGGCCCACACCCUGGACCUGUACAGCGAAGUGGCUUCCAUCUGUCGGCCGCCGUUGGCGCUGGCCCCGAACGAAAUCGGUAGCGUCAAGAAGGGCCAAACGCCAACCACCGGCUACAUCAUCAGCGUUUAUAAGGUUUACGAGGGCGACGACGGCGAACGGUUCGAACGGAAUUGGCUCUACUGGACCGGUGCCAGGAUGAUUUACAGAUAUCUGCCAAAAACGGCCGGCUUGCGACGGAUCACCCUCCACAAGAGCGUAUCCUCCCGAGGAGACAAGAUGUAUCUGCUGAUUUGCGAAUGUGCCGAUCUGCUGAAGGACCUCUCGGCAGCCGCCCUGCUAAUACCGGCCCUCCGAGCGCGGCUCUGUGGCUACACCGGACUCUACCGGCCCAUACAGACCUUCUAGGACAAGUGAAACGAGUGAGCAGCGGUGCCAACAUCCUAAUAGCAGUUCCUUCCUCACAAGCAAGUCCUUCCUUAUAAUUAUGGCUGCUGCUGCUCCUCCCCCUCUCUUGAGCCUUUUCGAAGCUCUUGGUUUAACACAGUUACGGUAACCAAUUCGAAAGUUAAGUUGUAAAUUUUUGAUGGUUAAUCAAGUGAAUCGAGUUUAAACGUUCAUUUCCGGUGAGUUCUAAUUGAGAAGCAUUAGUUUUACGAUUAUAAUAAACGUUAGUAAUUGAUUCCGAUUUUAUAUAAAGUAAUAAGAUGUAGACCAACGCAUAGUCAGCGUGAAGAAUUAUUUUUAUAAAUUUGAUAAACUAAGAAAGAAUACGUUUCCAGAAGACGGUUGUGCAAAAAAAAGUUUCUAUAAUCCAUUAGUAAAUUCAAAUUCAUUGAAAUCGGUAAAGAAUAAGAACAUAGUCACGACUAUGAAUAUCAAAUUCGUGGGAAAAGAGAACAAAUUUUGCGGAAUGUGAGAGCGGAACUUCGUAUUCAUACCAACCGACACCGACGACUACGCCGUGUACAUACUUAUAAGCUUACAAUUUUUUAUCGACAGCCGGCAGUCAAAGCAAUAAGUUACCAGUAUUUACUAAACAUAGGACGAAGAAGAACGGGACAACAAAAAACACACAUAAAUUCAACAACUGCCAGACACAGCAGAGAACAGUCAUUUCUACGUACACCACCCCAUUCAUACAUGCGGGUGGAAGAAAAAAAACGCAAAACAAGCAAAAUCAGAUAUAUCUACACAACAAUGUAGAAUUUAGCAAAAAAAAAAGCGACGAGACUACUGCAGGAGGACAAACAUGGUUUCAUAUACGAUUAUACAACCAUCGAAUCGAACUAACUUUAUUUACACUCUUUCACACAACUCGCGAUGACCACGUACCCACCUCUAUACGAAGGCACACGUGCAACUAUGUUGCGCACAUACCUACCACACGUCGAACACAUCUUAAUCAAGUGUAGAAGACUAACAUACAAUGGACCUGUUCAAUUGAAAACGAACUAUAGCAAUGAUUAUGUUCACAUGCUGAUUAACACUGCUUAUAUCAACACGUAAAAUCUUAGACAACCAGUAAUCGUAAAAGAUGUUGCAUAGGAUGAUAAAGUGGAGGCCAUAUGCGUGCAUGCCUCCAUUUAGGUGCAUGUAAAAUGUGCGUAUAUCGCCUCUACUUUAACAUCUUAUGCAACAUCUUAUACGAUCACUGGUUGGCUGGGGUACCGAAAGGACAAAAACGUAGAAAUAUUGACUUGACAAGGCUAUAUCUCAAAAGUUACGAAUCAAAAUUCAUUUUGGCGAAGUUUGCAAACAAUUCGACCAUGUGUUGAUAGGUACAUGGCCGACAAUUGUCGGACGUCAUUAUCCUCUGCACUCUUCAAUGCUGUCUUCCACAGAAAAUUUGACGUUUACUGAGGUCCCCGUUUUCAAAUUUUCCGGAGGAAUUAGCCGAUCAACGACAAAUCAGGCGGUCACCGUGCGUCCGAUAUUCGAUAAAUUUCGGAAGUACAACUUACAGACCCGUCAUCUGUUUAUUGAUUUCAAGGCGGCGUACGAUUCAGUGAAGAGAAACGAGCUAUGGCAGAUAAUGAUCGAACAUGAUUUUCCGGCGAAGUUGAUUAGACUGAUUCGUGCGACGCUUGACGGAUCGAAAUCAAGUGUACGGGUUGCGCAUGAAAUUUCGUCAUCGUUCUUAACCUUAAACGGGCGAAUUUGUUUAUCUUUGUAUCCUAGUGACGUGCGAUAAUUAUGUUAGUCGCGAGGUGAGAAGACAAAUCACGGCUGCGAAUCGGGAAUUUUUCGGUCUUACAUGACCCUGAAUCGCGAACGUUGAGAGACGUUGAUCGGACGCAAAGUGCUGCGAAGAAUACUCGAUGGUUAAUAGGCUCCUAAAGUCCUAUCUGGAUUCUUGUUUUAAACCACAAUAUAUGGUACAAGAGUACAUAUUUACUCAUUUUUUGACGUUUUUAUUAACCGUAGUUGAAAACAUAUAAUUUUUAUUUUUUUAGUCUUUUGUCUCGUCCCUAGCUUAUAACACAUAGUUUGAGUGAUUUUUUUUUCACCGUGUAUGUCAGAUAGGAACAUUUUUGAAUUCCCAGUGCGAAAAAUGUCGAGCUCCGUCACACAAGGUUGACCUCAAGUGUCAAAGUAGAACUAUUUACCAUUUUACUUAUUUCGAUUUUUCUCAUUAUUCCUUUGUUUUUCAAGUUCGAGUAAAGUACAAUUCUGAUUAGAAUACCAUGCUUGAUCGUAUUAUUCAAUAUAAGCGAGAUUUCGUCUUUAAUUUUAGGACCCUAUUGGACAAUGGUAUCUGGCGGUGUUGUAUGAAUUUCGAAUUGCACCAAGUAUAUGAAAAGAUGGAUAUGUGGAAUGAUGCGAAUGAAACACGCUCUGUUGUGGACGGGCUCGUAUGCCGGGGGACCAAUAAGCUAAACCAGCAGAGAACCAGGAAAGGUUCGUCGGCUUCGUGGAAGGCCGCACACGUUGACGUUUUGUUGUUGAGGAGAUCCAAAGGACUGUAAGCGUUCAGGGUGACUGGAUGCGAUUGGCCUAGAAUGGCGACCAGUAGUAGGCUCAACGCUACGAACUAUGUAUAGCCCAUCGAGUAUCAAGAAAUCAUCAAUCCUACACUUUUCUGAAAAUUUUUAAUGAAAACCAAUUGGCAUUACAUGAAGCUCCUGUUUGGUUUACAAUCAUUCAAAUCCAUCAGCUCCAGUUUUUCGUCACAUACUGUUCCGCUUUGCACUCAGAUUGAGUAGCAUGCCUAUGUAGCAAGUUAUCUUAGAGCCUCGAUAAGAUAACAACAUAAGGUUUGGAACCAUUUGAAUAUCCCAACUAACAUUUUCAGCGCUAUAAGCUUCAGUCAUUUGCUUUCUGUUGUGUAACCAUCGAAUAAAAGCAGUCAACGCUGAAUAAAAGGGAAGCUAGUCAAAUAUAAAUCAUAAGCUAAUACAAAAACAAUCACCAUACAGCUACCAAACUCGGUGUUUAGAAAUCCAUUGCUUGUCACUGGGGCUGCCUUCACUCCACUCUAUUCCAACUCCGGGAGAUUUCCCGGAAGAUGUGAAAACUUGAACAAAUCGAAUAGGAGUCCCCACUAACAAAACAGCUGCUACCAUACAGUACAAUUCGUUAUACUAACAAAUCCCCAAACCAGCAGCGCUUUAAAGGCCGUUAUGCGAUUUCAUUACAGCUAGAAUUUGUAAUAAAGAAACUGUUAGUUUACCAACACGGCUUAUCGGAUGUAAACAUUAUUGUCAAAUCAAACUUCAAGUGGGAUACAUAGCUACUACACGGUGUGGCUUCGUGGUCGUGCGGCUAAGGUCACCAUGCUUUUAGUCGCAUCGUGCUAAGAAGCGCGGGUUCGAUUCCCGCCGCAGCUGUCAGGAAAAGUUUUCGGCUGUGCCACUGGGCGUUGCAUGCUAGUCCGUUGUCUAGUGUCGUGUUCCUUCAAAGAGCAAAUAGCUCACUGGAAGCAUUAAACGUGUCCGUGUCUUUUACACAAAUUAUUUACAGCUUUCCAUCUCUGUGCUGUGAAAUUAUUUGGGUUAUUUUUAUUGCACUUUAAUUCAAUGCCGGAAGAUUUGCCGGAAGAUGUGCAAAUCGAGUAAGAGUCCCAGCCACUACUACAGCUGCUUUUAUACAGUACGUUUUGUAAUGUUGCCAAAACACAAAACAGCAGCGCUUUGUAGCCGUUUAAAGAACACUCUUCCAACUAGAAGCUGUGAAGAAGGAUCUGUUGGCGCAACCACACAGCUUGUUCAAUGUAAACAUUAUUGCGUUUGACGUUUCACAAGAUUUUGCAGCAAGAUGAAGUUGGGUAAGGUUUCUUGUGGCAAAAUUAUGAAGCCUUGUCUGGAGUAAAACAAAACGGGCUAUUUUCUAUGCUAUUUAUAUACAGGGUGUUAGGUUCGUGAGUGCAAACUUUUUAAAGGGUGAUAGAGGACCAUAAAUGGUGAAAAAAAUUGUUCUACGCAUAUGGUCAAAUCUCAACCGUUACGUAGUUAUUGAACUUCCCAUGUUUUUGACUCUUAUUGCCUUAACUGGCUAUAACUUGAAAAUGGUCAAACUUAUUGCAGUUUUUUUACCCUUAUUCGAAAGAUUAUUGAAUUUUCUAUCAAAUGGCAUCUUUGAACCGAUUGGUUUAGUUAAAUAACUAUGUUUUCUAGAGCAAAUAGCUAAAAAGUAGUGUGUUUUAAUUUGUUUUUGUCAAUUAUCUUUGAAAAAUGCGUAAUAAUUUGAAAUUCUUUCUUAGGCAAAGUUGUGGCCCCUGUUCCACUCUACAAUUAAUUCUUUGACAUCAAACUUCUAGCUCUUAUCGUUUUCUUGCAAUUUCGAUUUAAACAUCGUAUUUCAGAUCAUAAAUUUGCAACUGUCAUGGUAAGCACUUUUUUGCGCACUGUGCCGUACAUUUAAAUCAAAAUUGCAAGAAAACGAUAAGAGCUAGAAGUUUGGUAUCAAAGAACGAAUUGUAGAGUGAAACACGGGCCAGAACUUUGCCAAAGAAAGAAUUUUAAUUUAUUACGCAUGUUUCAAAGAUAAUUGACAAAAUCAAAUCAAAACACACUAUUCUUAGCUAUUUUGCUCUAGAAAUCUUAGUUAUUUAACUAAACCAUUCAAUACAAAGAUGCCAUUUGAUAGAAAAUUCAAUAAUCUUACGAAUAAGGGUAAAAAAACUUGAAAAGUUUGACCAUUUUCAAGUUAUAGCCAGUUAAGGCAAUAAGAGUCAAAAACAUGGGAAGUUCAAUAACUACGUUACGGUUGAGAUUUUAUCAUAUGCGUAGAACAAUUUUUUUCACCAUUUAUGGUCCUCUAUCACCCUUUAAAAAGUUUGCACUCAUGAACCUAACACCCUGUAUAGCAGUGUGGCAGCGAGGACAUCAUUGGGAGCAGUAGAUACGGAGAUCGGGAGUUCGAUUCCAAGCAGCGGCAAGUACUUUAAUCAUUCAAUUAUAAAAGCGAUAGUUCCAGUUCCACGUGUAUUGCGUCACGGUAUCCAUAAGGGUCUGUCCAUA